AAACAAUAAAAUACAUGGGGUUUCAAAUGUAUAGCCACAACAUCACACCUUUUCUGUGUAAAGUUAUAUCCAAUUCUGCAUGACAUAACACUGUAAACCCUUCAAUCCCUCAAAAAACACACUUUAAACCACUUAACAUCUUACGUGAGUUUUAACAGAAGGAUUUAUGUAUAAAAUUGCUGUUAUUUGAGCUUAACUUGAAUUGAAACCAGAAUAUUCCUUUAAAUGUAUUUUAACAGUAUCUGAAUAUGUAAGUGGGGUGAGGGCAAGAAUCUGUUUUGCCUAAAAUGUUCAUUUGAACAAACAUUAGAUGCCUUGUUAUGAAAGUUCUUAUGAAACCUAAUCAUGUACAGGAUAUUCAUAUAGUAUGAAAUCUUACAUCAGAAGAGAGUAUAAAUAUUGGCCCCAAUAUGUAUUUGUAGGCUACACUUAAAAUACAAGAAUGGCAUUAAAUAACAAAUGAGAUGUCUGAAGACAAACGAUGCUAAAGAUGUCUCAGAACUGACCUUUAACUAGCAUCAAGAUUCAAGAUGAUUUAAUGGACGUAUAUAGAGUCACACAGGUAUUGCAGUUCAACAUUAGUAACUAGUUACCAAGUGUGUAGUCAGGAAAUUACUUUUGGAUGGGCUCAAUAAAAAUUGAUGGGCCAAGUUUUCGACCAAAUUUUCCUUAACAAACGAGAAGUGGCACAUUCAAACACUUCUAUCACGAUUUCGGAAAUAUUAAUUUAUGCAUUUUUUUAAAAGCUAUUUUAUAAAUAUAAAUUUGAAGUCAAAGAAUAAUCUCUAAUAUUCUGGGUGGGCCUGGGUCUAAUUUGGGCCCACCCUUGACCACGCCACUGCUUGUAGUUCAAUAAACAUAUUCAACUAACAUUCGACCAAGAAGCGGGAAAACAAACCGAACAAACUUAUUUUGAUAAAUAUUUCGCAUGACAAGUGCGCAUGCGCUUCCGUUCUCUUCCUGGCUCCCGGUAGAGGCCGCUGUCAGAAUUCCCGCGCUCAGAAUAUAAACGCCUCAGAUCCCGUGACGUCAGUGCGCUGCCAUGGCGUCCAGCGAAGCGUCCGAUGUAAAGUUGCAGUGUUUAUAAAUGCACCGAUUCAGGCGUGAAUACGUUUUGUAGCACAUUUAUACAAGUACAUAAUCGAAAAUUUAGAAUUAAAAAGUAUUUAAAUACCAAUUAUUUAAUGUGUAUGGAAUUAUUUAUGGUUAAAAACGAGCUCUAAAUAGUAAAGCUGGAUUUUCAAAUCAACACCCAAUAUAUUGGACACAGAUAUAAAUGGAGCAUGUUAGACCCUUUUCACCAAUUCUGCAUUUGGAUUUAAAUAAUUUCAACUCUCCUGAGGCUGAAGACAGCAGAUAUAUUUUGACAAGUCCACGGUCACUCGAAUCCUGUGCAAGACUGGGAGUGAAACCUGUUGAUUUGCUUUUCAAAUCAUUAACAGAGUUCAUCGAUGAAAACCAAGGCUCCUCUUUGGAAGCAGUGACCGAUCUCUACGAGGAAUAUGAGAAAGGCCGAAGAGAUCGACUGAGUUUAUGUCGAGAUGAAAGACAGAGAAUCAUUCAAGAGGGAAGGGCUAUAAAAUCAUCCGUAAAACCAUUCUCAACCCUGGAAACCGUUCUAGAACAAACGGCUGAGAGUCAAAGAACAGGAAUGACUCAGUUCAGCGAUGACCGUAUUCAAUCGAAAUCUGCGAUUUCGGUUAUUGAUGCAUUUCAAAGCCCGUUCAAUGGGGUUAGCUUUAGUCUUGGCGACAUCAGUGGUCCUACAACGGAGCGAAAACUGAAUAAACUUUCGCAAGAAGUGAGUCGCAAACUACGCAUUGGCAUCCCCGAAAAAGAUCGCAAGAUCGCCGCGCUGAUGCUAGCCAAGUACGAAGAGGAGCAAUUUCGUUUAUGUCAGAGUUUGUUUGAGGAGCAACAUCGCGAGGAGGAGCAGAGGAAAGAGGAGGCGCGGCGAGCUCAAUUGGAGCAAAAGAGGAGAAAAGAACUUCUGCGACGAAUUCGCCGCUGGCAGGAAGACUUUGAAGCGCGGAGGAGGCAGCGGGAGGAGGAGCAGGUGGUGCAUGCUGAGGAGUGCGAGUGCAAGAUGCGUCAACAGGAGGAGCGCUGGAGGAGACUCGCAGAGGAGCAUCAAGUUCAACGGCGGAGCAAACGAGAAGCGGCGAGUAGGGAGGCCAAAGAGCGCAAACGCUACCAGGAGAGGCUUCUGAAGGAGAAGGAGAGCGGAGAGGAGGCGGAGAAACAGAAGGAGGUGCAGGUGGCGCAUGAAAAGGAGCAGCUUGCGCUGAGGAGCAAGCACAGAAAGGAAAAACAAGAUAGGAGGAGGCUCAAGCAAGAGAACCAGAGGGAGCUACUCAAGCACCUCCUCCUAAAGAAGGAGGUGGAGGAGCAGGAGCGCACAGAGAAGGAACUAAAGCGUAAAGGGCUGGAACAGAAGCUCCGGCGCUCCAAGGAGAACCAUGCAUUGGUGGUGGAGGCGCGGGUGCAGGAUAUGCGAGAUCGGGCUGCAAGAGAGGAGGAACAGAUGCGGAUGGUGCAGCAACGAGUGGGCCAGGAGUUUAGAGAUUGGUUGGAACAAAAACAGACAUUGGUACAACGUUGCCAGAUGCGGACGCAACGCGCUGCGCAUCUGGCUCAGGAGCAGUGCCACAACAGGGCUCAACGUGCCAGGCAGGAGAACCAGGAAAAGGAGUUCAGCCAUCGCAGGCUUAGAGAAAGUGUCCUGAAAGAGGAGAAAGCGCAAUGGGAGCAGAGGUGCAAAGCUGUGGCGCGAAAGGAACAGCGCAGGGAGAAGCUGCAGAAAGAGAGGGCGGAGGCGCAGGAGAGGGGCCGGAUGGUGGCACAUGCGUCCAGCUACAUGAGGGACAUGGUGAGGGAGCAGACCUGCCGUUGCACCUUUGACCAGAUGGCACGAGAAGCCGAGUUGACUGCUCACCUGGGCCGCUUUAAACUAUGAAUGCAAUAAAAGAAAAUCCUCCACAUCCUCUUUGUGUUUUAAAGGAAUAGUUCAAGAGAGACAGAGAUAAGCUCGCUAGGAUCAGAGGAUAAACCGCGAAUAUUUUGCGUUCAAUACAAGUUAAUCUCAAUCGUCAUCAUUUGUGGCAUAAUGUUGAUUAAAACACCAAAAAGUUGACUCCUUUUCUAUAUAUAUAUAUAUAUAUAUAUAUAUAUAUAUAUAUAUAUAUAUAUAAAAGAGCAAAUAUCUGGGUUACAGUGAGUCACUUACAAUGGAAGUAAAUGGGGUCGAUCCAUAAACGUUAUUAUACUCGCUUUCAAAAGUAUAGCCACAAGUCGUUAACAAUACGAGUAACGAGAUUUUAGUGUGAUUUAUUGCUUACUAACCUAUUCUGUGUAGUUAUAGCCAACUUUACAACUUUGUUGCCAUGACGACGCAACAUCCUAAACCCUAAAACGACCGUAAAAAUGACUAUUAAACAAUUUUACAGCACAAAUAAAACAUGACUUUUAACAGAUGAAUUAAUGUAAGUGCUUUUAUAAAAUGAUAAGCUUCACAUUUCUGACUUUAAACCCUCUAAAAAUUGUCCCAUUCACUUCCAUUGUAACUGCCUCAAGGUAACCCAGAUUUUAGAUUUGUAUUAAUUUUAAGGAGGGACGUAUACAUUUACACAUUUGUGGUAAUCAACAAUAUGCCACAAAUGCUGUCGACUGAGCUUAACUUGUAUUGCAUCUAAAUGCAGCUUUACUAUUCUGUCUCACUGUAUAAUUUCUGAAGUAUUGGACAAUGGAGAACCCAAGUCAGUUUUACAAGGCAGGGUAUUUUUCAUUUGAUUUGUGUAUGUUUACAGUGUUUCUAUAAGAUUUACCAAGCCAAACAGAACCAAAAAGCUUUUGGACUGCAUUAAAAAACAUGUUUAAAGCAUGACAUACAAGCUUAAAGAAUGUACUAAUAGUGCAGAAGAGUAUUUGUGAAUAGUGUUCAAAGUAUUUAUGUGUAGAGUGAUUUAUAGUUUAUUUAUUGACUUUUAAAAUAAUUUGUAUUAUUAAAGUUUUGGAAUAUUUCUCACUUAUUCGUGGAUUCUUUUAGCUUAUAAAAGCCAUUUCGUGUUUCCAUUUUGUUAGCAGUACAUCUUCUCAAAGUCGAACGAUUUUCAUGUUCACAGACCUGAACCUCAAAACCCAAACAGUCACACACACAAAAAGCAGCUUUAAAGACUUUUAACAGACAUUCGGUACCUGAAAGAUUGUCGUGCCAUUUCAACUGCAUAUAUUUGAGAUAAAUCAAAGUCUAAAUUGUUCCUGUCUUCAUUGCACCGUCAUUCUCUGAAAUAUUUUAAUUCUCAAAAUAAACAUGUUAAUACUUGCGUGCUACAAAUAAACGGGCAUUUUUGAUUCAAACAAAGCCACAAAAAUUUACCAAACAAUAAAAUAAAAAAUACAAAUUAUAUAUAUAUAUAUAUAUAUAUAUAUAU